CUCCCGAUCGCAACCGACAAUUCAUUCACCAUCCCUUGGACUAUCACGAACAAGUACUACACUGCUGAUGUGCACUUCGAAUUCCAUCACCUCCCAUAUUGGACACCGAACAACCACGAGUUAGAAAGCGUGCCCGCCGUGGUGUACACAUGGACUGUCGGAGAGCCAUACCGGGAGAAUGUCCAGAUGAUAUCACAACGCCUAUCACAUCAUGAUUUCGAAGUAUCUCUGGCCAUUCGGCUUCCGUCCACUACGCCCGGAGGCGAAGAUACUGAAGAUGACGAAAUAGACUCGUUUCUUGGAGCCCUGGGGUUUGAAUUCAUUGAUGUGCAAGAUCUAGCAAAAUCUUCUGACCAUCAUGAUCAUGGCGGUAAGCAUAUUUCCACUCCAGGAGUUUCCCGGGCCAUAGAUGCAUUGAGCACGAUUAUGUGGCCCUCCAUGGUACAAACCUCCAAAGGAAGGGGUCUUGGCCUCUUGACGACGAACCGUGAUACCGGAGAAGACCUCAGCAGUCUCAUCGCUACGCGCUCCCCAGGAGGGCGUGAUCGUAUGCAGCGAGAACUCGAAGAGUUAGAGCGGUGGCUCGACGAAGACAAUUUCGAAGGACAUCUUCAUACAAGUGAGAAAACCAUAAGCAAUGAUCCGUGGAGUGCCGCAGCCACAACCGGCAGCUUGUCGCCUACAGAGGAUUCCUCUACCCAGGGUCUCUACAAUCACACGUUUGAUGACGAUUUCACCGCUUUCGUGUCUGCUUCAGCGUCUGCAGCAGAUGCUGAAACUCAGCUUGCACAAGUAUCAUCUGAGAGACAAAUUCCACCUCUCCCUUCGUUGAGCUUCAGUUCAACGUUCACUUUCAACUCUGGUUCUGAUACUUCCGGGCGAUCGACGCCAGCUAAUGAAGAGCACGACUUUUCUCGCUUAUCCGCGAAUGCCUCAGAUCUUGGUAUAUCUUAUAGGUCGUUAGGGUCAGUCUCCGAUUUUGGAGACCCAGAAGCAGAAGAAUCCCACAAACACGAAGAUUCUAGCGACGAAAUGCCUUCGAAUGCUGAGAUUGCUGCAACCUCAGAGCGUAUCUUCGGUGCAACAUCUCUUGCUUUUUCACCCACUGAUGAAAAUUAUGUCUGUUCACUGCAAGGGGAUCUUUCCGUGCCAUCUGAAGUUGAAACCGCCGACCCACCAGAGACGGACCUCGAGCGCUUCGAUCUGCGAAGCAUGUUGAGCGCGCUUCAGGGUCUUAAGGAGGAAAUUGCGGGGAUGCCCGAUUCGCAGGAACGUAAGAGGGCAGCUGCUAGAGUGGCUUUGGGUUUGGUUUAUGGGCUCAAUGGAAAUUCCGAUUGAAAGGUGCGCACCAACAGCACGCAGUGACUUCCGCUAAUUCGGGAGAUGGUAGUAAGGGACUGUAUACACGGCCGGGAGGUUUUGU